GAAAUACGAAGACUUUUUAUGUUCAAAUAUACAAUAAUGAAGGCGAACCAUUACUGGGAAAGUUUGGGACAUAUACAAUGGAUAAUCACGAUGAAUUUUUUAACUUUUUGAGGAGGAACGAAGCAAAUGGAUUAGAACUAAUCGAUGAUAUCAGCGACAAUCCAAAUAUUAUUACAUCCUUAGAACGUGUAAUUCCUAACCGUUACUAUGAAAUAAAUGCAAUGCAUCUCACUGCAAUCAAAAAGGGAGUUUUCUGGACAAAAGUUGAAGACACGGUAAUCGAGAACGAAACUCUAUUAGCCGUAAAGAGCUUUCUUGCGAAUAAAUUUAAUUCAUCUGUAGAAAUAUUUCCUCGAAUAAUGUAUAAAAAUAAACAGACAAUUAUGGAAUGGGACGGAGUUCUUACUUGCAAAAACAUGACAUUCUUACUUGAGUGUAAACACAAGAUGACGGAAGACCAUAUAAAGAAGAUUGUUAAUCGAUUAAAUGAAUUUCCAGAAAAAAUUAAAGAAACUGAUACUUUAGAAUUCAAGAAACUGAUAGGAAAUAAACUUGUUGGUGUUGCAUGUAGUUCUUUUUUUCCCGAGGAAUUAAGAAAUAAAUCAAUUAAUGAAUUUGGAUUGGCAGUCGUUUACCCUAGUGGUGAUUGUUACAAGGUGGAGAUUUCUGGAAAUUUGGUAUGUUGA